CCCAAACUCCCAGUCACGUGACUGAUAUUCCAUCCUCGCCAUUUUGCAAUGUGGGAGAGAGAGGCCACUUUUUUAUGGCUAACGAAUAAAACAAAGUAGUUUUAUGUGCUGAGGACAAAGAGCGUCGGGUUUUUUUCGUGUCAGUGAGUCAUGGAGGAGAUCAGCAAUGUAGCUGUACUCAUCACACAGUCCUCCGCUGCCUCCUCUUCUUCUUCUACUCAGUCAGCACUGCAGUCCCUCUCGCAAACCCAAACCCAGCAGGCCAUAAAGAAGGACACUUCCCCAGGUUUUCAACAGAAACAGGCUCCCGAUUCUCUCAUCCAGGUCAUUGAGAAGCUCAGCAAAAUUGUGGAGAAGCGGCCCCAGCGCCGCUGCACCUUGACAGCACAGAAAAGAGCAUUCCAACAGGCCUCUUCUGCACGGGGAGGAGGAGGUGAGGAGGGGGUGAGGGGGAGCAGAGGAGGCUCUCCCAAUAAGAAAAUUAAGAGGAACUGUAAGGAGAAGGAGAGCAUCGAGGAGGUGAGAUUAGAUGGCAGAACAGAUGCUGUUCUUUCUCCACCUGGUUCAGGUGACAGUAACAACAACAACAUCACCUCCACAGUGACAGAGGUAGCCGGCAACCACAAGCGGACAGUAACAUGCUAUCAGUGCAGCCUGUGCCCCUAUCUCUCCCAAACACUGCCCCUGCUGAAAGAGCACCUGAAGCAACACAAUGAGCAGCACAGUGACCUCAUCCUCAUGUGCUCUGAGUGUCGCUUUACUUCCAGAGACCAGGGGCAGCUAGAGGCACAUGUCAGGCUGCACUUAGACAAUGGAGACAACCUGAGGACGACUGCCACUCCGUUGGAUACCUACAGUGAGGGGAAGGAAGAGGUUUUAAGAAAGACGGAUGGGGACUCGACUGGGAGCAGUGGCAGUAAAGGAACCGAGGUCAUCAAAAGUUCAGUGGACGGUUCCAAGGAGCUACCACAGAAGAAGAAAUGGUAUAGCUAUGAGGAGUAUGGAUUGUACCGCUGUCUGAUCUGCAGCUACGUGUGCAGCCAGCAGCGAAUGCUUAAGACCCACGCCUGGAAGCACGCUGGCCUGGUCGAUUGCUCUUACCCCAUCUUCGAGGAUGAAGACGGGGCUCCCACAAUGAGAGAGGCCCAGGCUGCAGCUAACACUGCCGCAACCAGGGAGGAAAUAGUUGUUCUCUCCCCAGUUCUUCAAGAUAAAAGCCUGCAAAAGCUCCCCACUGCCUUCAAGCUCCAGCUUUGUGUGCCAUUGCCUGUUGACAAUAAACAGGAUGUUUUAAAUCAUCCAGUUUCUAAUCUCAAUGAAAAUCCGAAAACAGCGGCGGAAGAGGAGGAAAGUGUGUACCCUAUCAAAGACCUGACCUCUGAGGAGCCCAUGGUGGAGGUGCAGGUGACGACAGAGGCGGAGACUGAGGUUGAGAUACAUAGUCAUCAUGAUAGUACCUCUAUCACAGACAGCUUACUGUCAUCGGCCCAGAAAAUUAUUAACAGCAGUCCCAACAGUGCCGGCCAUAUCAAUGUGAUUGUAGAACGCCUUCCUUCAGCUGAGGAUUCCGUCAUGGCGACGAACCCACUUCUCCUUAGCCCAGACGUGGACAGGGACAAGAGCUUACUGGAUGUGGAUGAAGAAGAGCAGGACCACGUGAUGGGAGAUGCGAAGGAUGAGGCGGUCCUUGACAGCAGUGCAGGCACUACUGACAGCCAGCCAUUAGAAGCUGAAAAUAAAUCCUCCAUUGCUGUAAGUAGCAACUCUCCAAGGGAUGAAAACAUUCCCCCAGCUGGUCGCAAGAGGACACAUUCUGAGUCUCUCCGCCUGCACUCACUGGCUGCUGAGGCACUGGUAGCUAUGCCUAUGAGGACCCCCGAACUCCCCACUUCCAGCACCAAGGUAAACCUGAAGACCAUAACAGCCCAGGCCCAAUGCCCGAACAUGGGCCAGAAACUGGUUGAAGUGACUACAGCUGGACAGAAGGCUUCAGACAUAGGGACAACAGCAGCUCUGUUGGACUUGGAGCUUCAUAGCGAAGGUAGAGAGGAAGAGUUGGGGUCCCUGGGCCUCAGCGAGGGAGACGAGGAGGGCCCUGCCACUAAAGCUGGCAUCAGCCUGUCACUACUCACCGUCAUUGAAAAACUCAGAGAGCGCUCGGACCAGAAUGCUACUGAUGAGGAUAUCUUAAAAGAGCUUCAGGACAAUGCACAGUUCCAGAACGGAGACAUGGCCGAUGUGGUCACAGGGAAUGGAGCUGGGAGCUACAUGUGUACCAUCCCAGGAAUGGAUGGGUUGGUUGCCUCUCCUGACGGUGGUCUGGUGGACUACAUCCCUGGCAAUGAAAGGCCAUACCGAUGCCGCCUGUGUCACUACAGCAGUGGCAAUAAAGGCUACAUUAAACAGCACCUACGGGUGCACAGGCAGAGACAGCCCUAUCAGUGUCCCAUCUGUGAGCAUAUUGCCUCGGACAGUAAGGACCUGGAGAGCCAUAUGAUCCACCACUGCAAGACCAGGAUGUACCAGUGCAAGCAGUGCCCAGAUGCUUUCCACUAUAAGAGUCAGUUAAGAAAUCAUGAAAGGGAGCACCAUGGCUUCAGCAGUGACACGGCAGGCCUCACACUCGUCACUGAAACUGUGGCAACAGUGCAGGAAGCUGAGCGGGUAACAGAUGACGAAUGUCGCCUGCAGAAGAUGUAUAAGUGUGAUGUGUGCGACUACACCAGCUCUACAUAUGUUGGGGUGAGGAACCACCGGCGGAUUCAUAACUCUGAUAAGCCUUAUCGGUGUUGUAGCUGUGAUUUUGCCACCACCAACAUGAACAGUUUGAAGAGCCACAUGAGGAGGCACCCUCAGGAGCACCAAGCUGUGCAGCUAUUGGAGCAGUACAGGUGCUCUCUCUGUGGCUACGUGUGCAGUCAUCCUCCGUCACUCAAAUCCCACAUGUGGAAGCACGCCGGAGACCAGAACUACAACUACGAGCAAGUUAACAAAGCUAUCAACGAGGCCAUCUCCCAGAGCAGCCGAGCUCCCCAGAAGUUGUCCGCAGUGCUUGAGUCAGUGGCAGAGCGCCCUGCAGUGGCUCAACCCUCAAACGACAAAGUAAAGGGCCCCGUGGAACCAAUGCCAACACCCACAUGGACGACAACAACAACAACAACAACAACAACAACAACAGCAGCAGCAGCAGUUGAGCUGGCUGCGGACAGCUCAGCUGACCUCCCCACAGCCAACACAGACCCUUCACAGUGGCCCAGUGAAUCCCCAAGCCCCCCGGGGAAGGACCCCACACAGCUCCACUCUCAGUCCCAAAGCCAGCCACGCACAGGCCAGGCCCCUGUCCCGGGCCCCAGCAUGGAGUACUGUGUGCUCUUGUUCUGUUGCUGUAUCUGUGGCUUUGAGUCCACCAGUAAAGAGCGGCUGAUGGAGCACAUGAAGGAGCACGAGGGUGACAUCAUCAGCAUCAUCCUCAACAAGGAGCAGCAGCAGCAGCAACCAGAAGUACAACCAAGCCUCCAAACAGCAGAGUGAGACCCGCCCUUCGCUCCCUCUCUUUAUGUUAACACUUAUCCUGUGCUCUUAAAAUGAUCUGCUGCCCACAAAAGUAUUUCAUUAUCUUUCUGUACCUCAAGGUGGUUGUGGUGGAUAUUGAAGUGUAAGCAUUUCACGUCUGCUGUACCAUAGUAGUUAAGUGUCAUUUCUCAGCAUGUUCUGUGGUGAGGUCAGUUGUGGUGUCAGAGGGUUGUAGUUGUAAGACUGCAAUAACUACCUGAACAGGUGUUGAGAGAAAUGAUAAAAUGAUUUUCUGAGUGGCAUAUCCUUUGAAAGGAAUGUUAAAAAAAAAAAAAAAAACAUAGAACAAUGUUAUAAGCUGUUAAUAUUUGUAUCAAAUAAUUUGUCAUUAGAGACACAAAAUGUGUCUGUAGGGAAAGGAUUUUGAUUUCAAGGGACAGGCCCGAGCUCUAACCCAAGUUACAUUUUUCACUAUACAGGGACAAGUUCAUACCUCACAAGACCACACAAGACCCUCACCAGAAAUGGAAAAGAGAUUCACAUAUUUUCCAGUCUAAUUCAUAUAUUGACUAUAAGGCAGCUCUUUUAUUGCUACUGUAAUAUUUAAUGUAUUUAAUUCGACACAGUUGGGGCUCUAGCUUUGGUAAGGAGGUACAUGUGCAAACUCACUCAUGCCUAAAGGCACGUAUCACAGCUUGAACAUGAUUUAAUAUUUAUCAGGUUUUUAUGCAUGUUAGUUUCCAUUACGCCAAUUUAAACAGGCAAAUGUAUGUUAUUUGGAAUUUUUUUAUUUUAUUUUUUUUGUAUGAGAGUGUAUUUUUUACUUAUAAAGUUGCGUCUUUAGAGGGGAAAGUAAUAGUUGUCAAAGGAAGUGUGGAAGUUGAUUUGAACAAAGCAGAAACCAGUCUUUGACUGUUUUCUUCUGGCGACAGAGGUAUUUGGUUUUGGCUGACAAAAGGAAUGAUUAAAAGGGAAGUUAGCAUAGGUAGGGCUGUUAUUUUAAUUCUAUGGUGCCUAGAUAUUUGAAAGCAGGACUAUGUUGUAUUGAAUCAGACACACCUGUUUUCACUUGUGAUUGUGGUGCUAGGCGCACUUUAAUAGUUGUCAUUGAAAGAAUAGUCAGUUUUUUUUAUAGCCCAUGCAAUUUAUGUUGUAUAUAAUAACAUUUUUAUAAUUAUUAGUCUUUGUUUUGUCAGUGUUUUUAAAAUACAAACUUUCUAGGGUCACACGCAACUUGAAAUGACUGCUGUCCCAGCUAAAAUACAUGCCUGAAAUAAGAAUAUGAUAUGUGAAAAUAAAGUUUGGAAGGUGA